UGCUGGUAUAUAUUGGAAGCGAGGGCCGGGAGCAUCACAGUCAGCUUCUGCAUCGACUCCACACACCAUGAACGCCAAGAUCGCCAUCCUCCUCGCCCUCGUGGCCGUGGUCGCCGCCGACAGCGACGAAUUCAGAGGCUACGGCGCACCCAGGAGGUCCUCCGAGGAGUCCUACGAGUCCUCCGAGGCCCAGUACAACUUCCAGUGGGCUGUGGACCACGACCCCUCCAGCAACGAGUACGGCCACCAGGAGGCCCGCGACGGUGACAACACCAAGGGCUCCUACUACGUGGAGCUUCCCGACGGUCGCGUCCAGAACGUUGCUUACUACGUCAACGGCGGCUCUGGCUACAUCGCUGACGUCACCUACACCGGCUCCGCUGAGUCCUUCGAGUCCGACGAGUCCAACGAGUCCUUCCGUUAUUACGGAUCCAACGAGUCCAAGUAAAUCAUCGGCUGUCUUCCUUUCCUCCUGCACCGACAUGACGUGUAAACACAAACACCGCACACCUCCCUUCCCGGCUAGUCUCCCGCAGCGCAGCACAGCAGCUGCUCAACUCAGUCUCAUCCUGUUAUUUAUUGACCUAUUUAUGAUCAUUAAAUAAAAUAUUUUGCAUUACA